AUGGAAUUAUCGGCGAAAGAGCACUUGGAUCGUUGUUUAGCAGAGGAACAUGAUUAUGCAGUCGGGAAAGCACAUUGUCGAUUGGCUUCAUUGUAUCCUGAUUUCGACUUAUUAUUGUGUGAUAUAACUGAACUACGAUUUUAUAUGAAAUGGAAUCGUGCCAUAGAAGCUGUCCCCAUACUGGAGCGACUUGUAAAAGUACAUCCAUCAGAUGAGGCCUGGACACUAAUAUAUCAACUUUUCCUAAAAGCAUCCUCUUCAGAGAAUUCUACUGAAAAAGUUUUAUUCACGGAAAUUUCAAACGAUGCAUUUGAGUUUAUCAUUGGCGGCUUAACAAAACGUUUUGACAACGACGAUUUUUUGAAAACCAAAUUACUUCUUUUUUGUUUGCGUAAUGCCGAUGAAAACAAGUUCAGCAAGCUGUUGAAUCUAAAAGCAUUGGUUUUGCAGAACCGUGCCGUAACAUUUAUAACAGAAAGAGCUAGCAAUGACAAGGAACUCGAGAGUGGCAUUGGCAAAUAUCAUGUUUACUUGGCAGUCUUUGUUGCUCCUGCUCUCUUGAAACUAAAUUUUACAAACAUAACCGUGAGCAGAGCUUUGAGUAUUGUUGUCACGGUUCUUCACGUUGGAAUUGCCUGGUCAAAACAUAAUGAUAUGUGGACUAAUCUUCUACGGGCAGUCUCAGAAAAUUAUGCAGCUGAAGCACAACACUUCUCAGAAGAGAGUUUUAAAAUAGGAGCUGCACUAUUCGACAAAUGUGUUAUUUUAUAUGAUCUUGGAACACCUGUUAAUUUAUCGUUAAAUAUGAGUGGAUGUAGCAUUCUGUCAAGUAUCGUGGAUAAAGCUUGCAGUUUGAAAGGUGAAGCUCGCAAGGUUAUAUUUUCAUUUUUUAUAUGGUACGCGUAUAAGCAAUGGAAGGCAAAUAUCGAUGAAGAUGAAAUACUUGCAUGGAUCCCAGAAGAUAACUGGGCCAUGGACGUCGACAAAUUAUUGAACAGUAAUACUGAGUGUUUAACUCCUUCAAAAAAGACAAAGCUCAAGGAACGAAAGGAGGUAGCAACAUUUCAAACAGAGUAUUUAUUGUCAUCACGACGCGAGUUAUGCGAAGCGUACGAACUUUGUUGUGCAACAAUCUGUACGUAUAUGACAUCAAUUUCUGUGGAUGUCGUUGCUGAAAAUCUGUAUUUUGCUUCUUUUUACAGUGAUAUUCGACAGUUCAUCACCCAGUCUCUAUUAUUCAAAUGCAAAAUCAAUGAAUUAAUAGCGUAUGUUGAUGAUCUGGAAAAUAAUGAUCCUUGGACGAAAGUGGUGCUUUAUUUCCAACUGGCCUGUGCUCACUGCUUGGAUCGGAGUUGGCCUGAUGCAUGUGAAAACGUGAUUCACAUGCUUAAUAUUGUAAAAGAGGACGAUAUAGGAUCAGAAAUGCCCAUUUCUGAUAUAUAUUUACCAGACACAAACACUAAAAACGACUGUAAUACCCAGGUUUAUACUUCAACAGCGAUGGCUCAUGAUAAUGAUCAGUUAUUGGGUGCUCUUCUUAUAUUGACUCAAAUUGAUUUUGCAACAAAAGGAUAUCGAUGUUUUAAUCGCAUCAUGCGACAUGUAGAAGCAAAGGGAUCGCUAAGAAGUGCCGGGCUUGUAAAGCACAUAAGUAACAUAGCAAUUCUAGAAGAACUAUCAAGAAUUCAGGAUUACUGCUCCGAAUAUGUUUCUAUUCAAAUAGCAGUACCUCAAAUACAAAGAAGAAUAGGACAGUCAACUCGUCACAGUGUAAGAGGAACGAAGGAUGGUCAAAAACAAUCAAUAGAAGAGCAAAUAAAAAAGUGUCGGGAAGAUCCACAUGUCACUGUAUCAACUUAUUUUAUUGAAAACAAAGAGGCAAUAUUGAAAAUGCUAGGAGCUAAGUUUUAG